GAGGGUUUCCGGACGGCUUUGGGGCUAGGGAGGACCAGUGCGUAGGGUUAAGAGUGACAUCUGCUGUCCAAUGGACAAUGCUCUCCGGCUAAACCCAGGGCUCUCUCUCCAGCCUCACCUCCCUCAGCCCAGGUGGUGUUUACUUUCAACUGUCACUGCUUCGUCCGUGCUUGGAUCCCCGAAAUCUGUCUCUGGGAGGGUAUAGCCGCUAGAGGCAGCUCCCAGAAAGCCUCGGGGCCUGAUGGGCAGUCAGGCCCCAGAAACUACAAUUUCCAGAAUCCUUCGCGCGCGGCGGAGGGGCGGGGACUUGGGCCCCUCUCCGGCUAAGGGAUGGCGGAGCCCUCCGAGUCUCCUCAUCGCUUCUUGUACAAGCAGGUGGGCUCGCCGCCUUGGAAAGAAACUUUCAGGCAGGGAUGUCUCCAGCGAAUGAGAAACAGCCGGCACAGGCUCCUGAGCAGGUACCGCCAGGCUGCUUGUGGCACUCCAGGAAGAGCGUCAGACAGUCUUCUAGUGCGGGAAGUGAUGGAGGAAGAGUGGGAUUCUCUGCGGUCUGGAGAGCAGUGUCCAGAGGACUUGCUUCAGUUGGGAUUGCCUUUGGACCUGGCUGUGCUGCAGGAGAUUGGACAGGAGCUGUGUGAGGAAGAAAAGGCCAUCAUAAGCGAGUAUGAGAAGAGCUUACAAUUUGAUGAACGUUGUCUCAACAGCAUGUUGGCAGAGUGGGAAGCAAACGCCCUCAUCUGUCCUGUGUGUAUAAAGUACAACCUGAGAGUAACGAGUAGUGUGGUCACGUGUCCGUGUGGCCUGCAUAUCCCACUUCAUUCUCCAGAGUUGACAGAGCAGAAGCUUCGUGUCUGCUUGGAGGAUAAUGUGAAUGAGCACAGUGCACACUGUCCCCACACUCCCGAGUUUUCUGUCACCGGUGGGACAGAAGAGAAGCCCAGUCUCCUGAUGAGCUGCCAGGUUUGUGACACUUGGGCUGUGAUCCUCUAGCCAUCCUGACUCAUGAUUUGCUACUGGGUGGAGAACUCAUUCUCUCUUAGCGGCCCUGCAUGCACAAGCCUUCUAUAGAACUAAUUUAUACUGAAAUUCAAAUACCUCUGUUCUUGGUGUUCUGACUCAGGGCAAAAGAAAACAGAAGCUCGAACGUUCUUGGUGGUAAAAUCAAUUUUAUUGUCCAUCAUCUUAUACAAAAAUCUACAGAUCACAGAUUUGUAUAGGAAAAAACCAAAUGAAUAGUAAAUGGAAGCAUAACAGCAA